UGAGUGAUGGGUCCGAUAGAGCUCCGGGUUCGGCCGCCUCUAGUUUGAUAAGGUCUCCAUUGUCUUUUGCUGAUGAGUCGUAGAGCAUCACCCUCGACACCUAAUAAAUAAAUCAGGUCCCAUUAUUCACUGCCAUCUGAUGACAAUGUCAGCCUCCACCAUAGACGAUGCCGCCGCCCGGCUGCAAGCGCGCAAACCCAUCCCUCCCCCGGUGCCAGCCUACCUGCCCACCGCGGGCUCGCCCUUGACAGUCAACAAAGACCUCUACACGGCGAUCCAGCAGGCGCCGCGCGUGCUGCUCUCCGAAUUCACCCUCCCCAUCCGGUCCGGGCGCGCGUGGAAAGCGCCCGCGGGCUCCAUCGUCCGCAUCAGCACCCCGGAGGGGCCACAAGUCGGCGACCUGAACCUAUGGAACGCGCACAACCCGCGCGAGCGUUUCUGGGCAUCGCGCACGCGCCAGCUGCACGCGACGCACGUGUCGACGGGCGACCGGCUGUGGUCGUGUCUGCCCUACAUGCGGCCGCUGGUGACCAUCAUAUCCGAUUCGCUGGCGUGGUACGGGCAGGACGAGCACGGCGGGAGGGUGCACGAUUUGCUGGGCACCCGGUGUGAUCCGUACAUCAACGAGGUGCUCAGCGGGGGCGGGCAGUAUGAUUUCCACUGCCACUCGAACCUGACGCGGGCGGUGCUGCCCUUUGGGCUGGCCGAGUCGGAUGUGCACGAUGUGAUUAAUCUGUUUCAGGUGACCGGGUUGGAUGAAAGGGGGAGGUAUUUCAUGAAUCCGUGUCCGGCGCAGCGGGGGGAUUACAUUGAGUUCCUGGCGGAGCAGGAUGUGUUAAUGGCGCUGAGCACGUGUCCCGGAGGCGACCUCUCGCUGUGGGGAUUCGGCGCUGACAGCGAGAAGGAGAUGAUCAAGUGCUGCCGCCCGCUCAAGGUUGAGGUAUUCCAGCUCGAGGACGGCGAUUUCCUGCACAAGGCCGGCUGGCGGCCUGCGGAACCUUCGAAGUACCAGGGCAUGCACGGGAUGGCGGUUGUGGAAGGCGAGCCGGCGUUGGGGAAAUAGGGGGUGUAUUUUCACUCCCACCGGUUGAAUGAAGGACAGAGCGGGGGUAAUGUGAAGCUAA